AUGGUAUCGGAAUCUGGCGCGCCCCCAGGAAGAGCUGCGGAUACGUGUCCUGUGGAGCGGGCUGGACAAAGGGGGGAAGGGGCAGAGAGGACCCUGGAGCAUGAGGAGGCCCCGCAGAUGGAGCCUGUACCACCGGCGGCACCACGGGGGGUUGUUGCUGAGGAGCCGGCUGAGACAGGUGUGGCGGCAGAGGCGUCGGCGGCCGCUGGGACUGCCGCUGCCGCUGGCGGCGGCUCAGCUUCGUCCGCUGCCAUGGAUUCUGCGGUACCGCCACCGGCGGAGGAGCAGGAGUGGGCGGAGGAACAGGAGCGGGCGGAGGAGCAGGGACACGCGGCGGACACGCGGGCUGCUGCGGUACCGAUGCCUGUGGCGGCGGCUGCGGCUGAGUCGUCAGAGGAAGAGAGUCAGGCUCCGUCCCCAGCGGCGGCAGCAGUGACAGAGGUGUUUGCGCUUGAGACGACGCCUGGGGGCUCGGAGGGGGCGGGAGAUGUUGCGGCGACGGUGGGACCUGCUGCCGCUGCGGUGCAACACGAGGACCAGGGGGCGGCGGGCGAUUCGUCUGACGCUGUGUGCACCGAAACGACUGCCGCUGCCGAGGGCGCAGAGACGCAGGAGCACGCCCAGGUGGAGAGUGGUACACAGGCCCCUGAGAGCCGCGACGUCGCUCACGCCACCCGCGACAGGACUGACGGCGCAAGAGGCGGCGGAACUACCGGAGCCCGUGGUGCGCCACGCGGAAGGAGAGGCGGAAGGGGAAGCACCAGAGGGGGACGAGUUACGAUGCUGGGGGGAGAGGCGGCGGUGGAACGGACUGGCACGUGGCAGGAACGUCACGACCGCCCAGACCGUGUGCCUGUGCCAGCGAAUAGGGAGGAAGCAGCUUCUGACAACUCUAAGAACGGGAGUGAAUUUAUGCCAUCCCGCUCAGAGACAUCUGAGGAAGUCUCCCUGGAUGCCGAGGAGAUUCAGCGGGCAGGAUUCGGAGGCCGAGGGAGGAGGGCGGGAGCAGCAAACGGAUCUCGACCCAACACCCUGAGAGCAGGAGUGGCGGGGGAGGCACCACGACAGCCCUCGGAGAAGUCCCCUGCCGACCUGGCGAAGGACGACAGCAUUUGGCAGCUGGCAAGCACAUGGGAUAUUUCGCCGCUCCAGCGUAUGGACCAACCGUUCCUGGUGCGUCGGAUGCCCCCUAAGAUCCUGGAGAGUUACACCCUAUGA